UGUGUACGUGUGUACGUGUGUGUGUUUGACAGAGCGCAGUAAACGUGACGAGGGAUUUCGAGGGAUGCAGCACACUGAGGAAAUACUUCGGUCAGCUACAUUACCUCCAGAGUCGAGUCCCCAUGGGGACGGGACAGGAGGCUGCUGUCCCCAUCUCAUGGACUGAAAUAUUCUCUGGAAAAAUCGUGGUCCAUGACGACAUCAGCUAUGAGCAGGCCUGCAUCCUCUACAAUCUGGGAGCUCUGCACUCCAUGUUGGGAGCCAUGGAUAACAGAGUGUCUGAGGAGGGCAUGAAGGUGUCCUGUACACACUUCCAGUGCUCAGCAGGAGCGUUUUCCUACCUGAGAGAUCAUUUCAGUCACAACUUCAGCGUGGACAUGAGCCACCAGAUCCUCAACCUCAACAUCAACCUGAUGCUGGGACAGGCUCAGGAGUGUCUUCUGGAGAAGUCCAUGUUGGACAACAGGAAGAGUUUCCUGGUUGCUCGGAUCAGCGCUCAGGUGGUGGAUUAUUAUAAGGAGGCGUGCAGGGCUCUGGAGAACUCGGAGACAGCGUCCAUGCUGGGAAAGAUUCAGAAAGACUGGAAGAAACUGGUUCAGAUGAAGAUCUACUACUUUGCUUCUAUUGCACAUCUUCACAUGGGAAAACAGGCCGAGGAGCAGCAGAAGUACGGAGAGCGGCUGGCGUACCUGCAGAGCUCCUUGGACAAACUCACUGAAGCAAUCAAGCUGGCCAAGGGUCAGCCUGACAGCGUGCAGGAGGCCUUGAGAUUCACCAUGGACGUGAUCGGAGGAAAGUUUAAUUCAGCCAAAAAGGACAAUGACUUCAUCUAUCAUGAGACGGUUCCUUCUCUGGAGUCUCUGGCCUCAGUCAAAGGUGCCCCACUGGUGAAGGCUCUCCCAGUUAACCCCACUGACCCCACCGUUACUGGACCCGACCUGUUUGCCAAGCUGGUCCCGAUGGCUGCACAUGAAGCGUCCUCGUUGUACAGUGAGGAAAAGGCCAAGCUGCUGAGAGACGUCAUGGUCAAGAUCGAGAGCAAGAACGAAACACUGGAGCAGUUCAUGGACUCUCUGGGUUUGGAGCCAGAGUCGGUGGAUAACCUGGACUUGUACAGUCACAUUCCUCCGGUCCUGAUGGAGAAGUGUGCUGCUCUUAGCGUCCGACCAGACACCGUCAAGAGCCUCAUCCAGUCCAUGCAGGGACUCUCUGGUGUCUUUACUGAUGUGGAGUCUUCACUGAAGGAGAUCAGAGAUGUCCUGGAGGCAGAUGAGGCCGGCCAGCGGGCCCUUCAGGAGGUUGGUGGCCCCGCUGCAGGCGAGGUGCACCUGGCGACUCAGGCCCAGGCUCUGGCUGAGGUCCGCAGGGACCUGGAGAAAUACAUGGAGGCCCAUGAGAAGGCCAGCUUCACCAACACGGAGCUCCACCGGGCCAUGAACCUGCACAUCAGCAACCUGCGUCUGCUGGGGGGGCCACUGGACAGUCUGAAGGAGGCCCUGCCCUGCCCCCAGCUCAGCGAAGAGGAGGUAGCAGGGCUGCAGUGUAUGAAGCGGAUCCUGGGGAAGGUUCAGGAAAUGAGGGAACAGAGAGCCUCUUUGGAGAAACAGCUCCGUGACCUCAUCCAGCAGGACGACAUCACCUCCACCCUCGUCACCACAGAGCGGGCGGACAUGAAGCGUAUAUUUGAGGAGCAGCUGAAGAAGUAUGAGCAGGUGAAGGUGUACAUCGACCAGAACCUGGCAGCUCAAGAGAACAUCCUGAAGGCCCUGACGGAGGCCAACGUCCAGUACGCCUCGGUGCGUAAGGGCCUGAGCCAGACGGAGCAGCAGUGGAACAGCACGGUCCAGGGCCUGGUGGGCUCGUACGAAGCCUAUGAGGACCUGAUGAAGAAGUCUCAGGAGGGGAAGGAGUUCUACGACGACUUGGAGGCCAAAGCAUCGCGUCUGCUGGAGAGAGCCAAGACUCUGUGUCAGAGCAGGGCCGAGGAGAGGAGGCCGAUCCUGGAGAAAGAGAGUCAGAAGAAGCCUCCAGCUCGGCCCACAGCUGCCAAGCCUACCUUAAAGCCAAAGUCUUCUGACGUGGACUCGGCCUGUUCCAGCCUUGAGGACCCAGAGUUGGCCCAGCUCAGUGCGGCCAUCUUGGCGUUGGGGGGCGACCUCCCCGAGGAGCUCCGCAGCCUCCCUCCUGACAUUCCCUCCUUCCCCACAGCCGCAGCUCGCCUGCCCGGUCCUGAAGCCUUCAUCCCCCCUCCUGGCAGCAGCUCUCUGCCGUGGCCCGCUGCUCCUGCCGCUGCCCUCCCCCGCUUCCCCGCCAACCUCCCCCCUCCAGAGCUGCUUGCACGCAUCGCUCAGUUUCCUACAGCCGGGCCUCUGCCCCGCCCACCCCUCCCUCAGAUCAACCCACAGAUACCUCCACAGUUACCCCCCCAGGCAGCUGUGUCAGGUUAUCGGCCCCCCCCUCCUCAAGCCCCCCAGCCUGGCCCCAUGGCCCCCGCCCCAGUCCGACCCUCCACCACCACUGUGGACAGCAUCCAGGCCCCCAUCCCCAGCUAUGCCCCCACACCACACCACCCUGUCCCUCCUGCAGCCUCAACGGGCUACAUUGUCCCCCCCCAGAUGGGGUCCUACCCCCAGUUCAUGCCCAUUCAAGGCCCAGCACAGACUCCCGCCUCCCAUCCUCAGCAGCCAAAGCAGCCGCAGCCGUACCCUCAGCCCGUCGGGCAGAUGCUGCCUCAGGGCUACCAGCCUGGACCGAGGGCUGUUCCUGCCCCCCCCCCUCACCUCCAGGCUCAGCAGGCCUUCCCCCAUGGAUACAUGCCCCCCCAGUACCAGCAGCCAUUCCCAGGUCAGCUGCAGCCUCAUCAACAGAAUGGCUAUCAGCCUCAGAUUCCCCAAAAUUACCAGCCUCCGCGGGGCUACGCCCCACAGCAGCACCCCCACAUGAUGCCACGCCCCCCCCAAACUGUACACCCUCACAUACCCCCCACCUCUCAGCCAGCACCGCCUGUAUCUCAGCCCUACCUGCCCCACUCCCACCAGCAGAUGCCCCCUGGACUCCCCCACCAACACAUGCUGCCACAGCAGCCCCCCAGUGCCCCGCAGAUCCCCCCCCACCCACGGAUGCAGAUCCCUGCUGGUUCCCGCCCCCAGAUGCCCCCCAGCAGUCAGCCAGUGCCUCCAGUGUCUCAGAACUACAUGCCCCCCCCCAGCAGUCAGCCCAUUGGCCCCCCCCUGCACCCACAGCUGCCUCCAGCCUCUCAGCCUCACAUGGUCCACCUGCCCCCACAGCACCACCCCCACCCUGGACAGCCCCCGCUCCCAAACAUGCCCCAGCAGCCAAUGAGGAUGCCCAGCCAGACGCAGGCUCCGCCCCCUCACUCUGGGGGAGUGUGUUACCCUGGGGGGGCUCCACUGAUGCCUCAGCAGCCUCUGGCUCCGCAGCCUGCAGCUCCUCAACAACCUGCGGCUCCUCUCCCGAUGAGCCACGCCCCCCAGCCCUCUGCUCUGUACCCCCCUGCUCCUGGAGCUAACGGACCUCCCACUGCCCCCCAGCAGCCUGCCGCCAUGGGCACCCAUGGUCCACACAUGAUCCAGCCCUCUCCUUCAGCUGCCCCACCGCCAAACACUGUCCCUCCUUCCCCUUCACCGUCCCCCUCCCCAUCUCCCUCCCCAGGCCCCUCCUCUCUGAGUCUGAACCCCCAGCAGAGACCCACAGCUGCCCCCACCCCUGGAGGUACGGCUCCACCCACUCUUCCAUCUCCAUCUGCCGUCUCUCCCUCCACGUCGCUGUUUCAGCGCCAGAAUUCGAGCACAGAUGACCUCCUCUCGUCGAGCCCUGAGAGCCAACCAGGAGGCACCAAGGCCCCCACCAACGUCCUCCAGCCCACCAAAGCCGAUCCCCAGGAUGGCGAGCGGCGGAAGAAGAGCUCCCAGGGCGUUCUCCUGAUCCAGGGUGACCCGUACCAGGCACCAGAGCGUGUGGCCCGUCUUCAUGGUGACCUGGAACGUUACAGAGCGCAGGUGGAUUCCCUAGAGCAGCCGUCAGAGAGUGAGGGCGGCCUGUCGGUGCUGGACGCUCGCUGGAAGGAGCUCCAGGAUCAGCAGGAGAAGGAUGCACGCCAACUGUCCAUCGCCAUUGCCCGCUGCUACACCAUGAAGAACCGUCACCAGGACGUCAUGCCCUAUGACCUGAACCGCGUGGUACUGCAGUCCGGCAAAGACGACUACAUCAACGCCAGUUAUGUGGAGGACCUGUCGCCGUACUGCCCACGUCUCAUCGCCACGCAGGCUCCGCUCACCGGCACGGCAGCCGACUUCUGGCUGAUGGUGUACGAGCAGAAGGUGUCGCUGGUGGUCAUGCUGGUUUCAGAACAGGAACUGGAAAAGGGAAAGGUUGUUCGCUACUUCCCAACGGAGCGCGGCCAGCAGCUCUCUCAGGGACCAAUCACACUCAGCCUCACCACGCAAAAGAUGACGCCGACUCAUGUGGAGCGCAUGAUCAGCCUGCAGUACCGUGACCAGAGCCUGAAGCGCACCGUCGUCCAUCUGCAGUUCACCUCGUGGCCCGAGCUAGGUCUUCCUGACAGCAAGAGCAGCCUGCUGAGAUUUAUCCAGGAAGUUCAUGGACACUACCUCCACCAGAGGCCCCUACACACACCUGUGGUGGUGCACUGCAGCUCGGGCGUGGGACGUACUGGCGCCUUCUGUCUGCUGUAAGCGGCGCUGCAGGAACUGGAGGCAGGAAACGGGAUCCCAGACCUCCCAGUGCUGGUGAAGAAGAUGAGACAGCAGAGGAAGAACAUGCUGCAGGAGAAGCUGCACCUGAAGUUCUGCUAUGAGGCCGUGUUGAAGCACGCUGAGCACGUCCUUCAGAGACAUGGCAUCUCCACUGCCACUGCCGCCUGCAGCAGGAACACCAACUCUGCAGCCACAAAG